AUGGCGACAGCAGAAACAUUCGACAUCAUAAUCCUAGGAGCAUCAGGUUUCACAGGCAAACAUGUUCUCAAACAAGCUCUCAAAUUCUUCAACAACAAGAACAACCUCAAUUUCAACUCCAUAGCCAUAGCUGGUCGAAACCCAUCAAAAUUAACCCAAACCCUUAACUGGGCAACCCGACCCGAUCCACCACCUUCAAUUCCAAUCCUCGUCGCCGACACAACCGACCCACUUUCCCUCCGUUCACUCUGCCACAAAACCCGUCUCAUACUCAACUGCGUCGGUCCCUUUCGCCUUCACGGCGAGCCCGUCGUGGCGGCGUGCGUCGAAACGGGUUGUGAUUACUUGGAUAUAACGGGCGAGGCUGAGUUUAUGGAUCGGGUCGAAAUUGGGUAUCAUGAAAAAGGUGUAAAGAAUGGUUCUUUGAUUGUUCCGGCUUGUGGGUUUGACUGUGUUCCUGCUGAGAUUGGUUUGUUGUUUCAUUUGAAACAGUGGGCUGCUAUUGCAGAUUUGAAGGAGAUGAAACAAAGAAGGGAUGCACAAGCUAUCAAAAGAGCAAAACCUCUGAUUCCAGGUCCUCUUCCUAAAGGAAAAACAAUAGAACACCAGAAAAAAAUUGGCCUAUGGGGAAUAACACUACCUUCAGCAGACGCAACAUCUGUCGGAAAAACAUUUUCGGUUCUAACAGAAAACCCUGACGGUCUCCCUGGAUUAAACGAGAGUCUCGAAACGGUUGAGAAAAGGAAAGUCUUCUGGUCAUCUAUGAAGCCGGUACAUUUUGGUGUGAAGUUAGGCUCAAAAUCUUUACUAGGAAUUUUCGGGUACAUCGCGUUUGGUAUAAUCCUAGGUCUUUUCGGAAGCACAAGUUUUGGAAGACGGCUUCUUUUGAAAUAUCCUUCAAUCUUUAGCUUAGGUGGUUUCAGCAAGAAUGGUCCUUCUGAAGAGGAAAUAGAAAGUUGUUCAUUCAAGAUGUGGUUUGUUGGACAUGGUUAUAGCAGCAAUGAGAAACUUGCUGCAAACGGAAACUCAAAACCUGACAUGGAAGUUAUAACGAGAAUAACCGGACCCGAAUUGGGUUAUGUAACGACACCAAUAAUUAUGAUUCAGUGUGCUCUUAUUGUUCUUAGUCAAAGGAAUAAUCUACCAAACGGAGGAGUUUACACUCCCGGCAUUGUGUUUGGUUCGACUGAUUUGCAACAAAGACUCCAACAAAAUGGAAUAUCUUUUGACGUUGUUUCGAAAAGUAAGUUGUCUUCUUGA